AUGAGUUGCAAGAAUUCAGGAGUAUUCUCGUCCGAACUGGAACUGGCUUCAGAGCCACCACUUGGAGAAUGGCAGAUACAAGUUGAAACCGCAAACAAACUGAAGUACAUGAAAACUUUCUCAGUCGAGAAGUACGUAUUGCCGAAAUUCGAAGUGAACAUCAAGACUCCGCCAUUCAUUACUGUCAAUGACGAUCUUUCUAUACUUGUUGAUGCUAAAUAUACUUAUGGGAAAGGAGUUGCGGGCAAAGCUAAGGUAACUUUGGAGCUGCCAUGGCAUCGGUGGCACCCAAUACCUAAACCCAUUAUUGUUAACGAUGACGGAACAACCUCGCAGGUGGAAGAGGAGUCACAAAUCGAAAGGACAGUGAAGUUGAACAAUAUGGGUGAAGCAACAGUGAUUUUCACAAACGAGGAAAUGAAAAAGCAUAAAUUAGUACAGGAUUUCGGAGGUGGCAGCAUACGGAUAAUUGCAACCGUCACUGAAGAUCUGACAGACAUCCAGCGUAAUGGAACACAACAUAGCUCACAAAUAUGCGAACUCAACAUUUUAUCGCAUCUCGUACUCGACUGUCUGCAAGUCUUGGAAUAG